AUGGCGAUUAGAUCAACAUUGAAGCGAAGUGGAUUGAAUUGCGUGCGUGCGUGCACUGUUGGGACUCCCGCGCGGAGUUCCGAGAGCACGAGCAUCACGGCUUCGUCUCAGAAGAAGCGAAAGCUCGCGCCCUUUGCCGUCCAGCCAACACGAGAGUCCACUCCCUCGUCCGCCUCCGCCUCCGCCUGCGACCCUCCGCUGCAGCACACUUCCACCCUCUACGAAUACCACUCCUUGUCGGCGCAGGCACGCUCCUCUCCUUCGUCAUCGCCCCUCCACAUCACACCGAGCAUAGACACUCCCAGUGACGCGCCUUCUCCCGCUAGCAGCAACACCACUGCCACUGCAACCUUUUCUUACGGAGGCCGGGGCUCUACUCCGCCAAGAUUCAUCCCACCCCACUUACACGACGAGGUACUGCCUUCACGCGAGGCAAGUGAGGCCGGUGGUGGUCCAGGAGCCUUCGAUACGGAAAUGUCAGAGGGCGAACAUGGUGCCGCCGAGCAGCGCCCAAAUCAAGUAAGUGCAGGCAGAGCCAUUGGCGGCGGCAGGAGCGUGAGUCCAGCAAAGCGAAGGGCAGAUGAUAUGGAGGGCAGUGGCGGUGAGCAGGCUAAGCCGCCUGGUAGCUUCCCUACCGAGCAGGAAGACACUCGGUCACAGUGGGACGUGGAGAUGAAAGAGCUGGCUUCUCAGGACGGCGCAGAGUCGCAGGUGACGGUAACGAACAGCUUGGCCAACUCCCGCUUGAGCACAAAUUCCGUCAACACUUCAGCGACCAGUCUUGACACUGAGCCCCCGCCUCCUUACUCGAAAGAGGACAACGGGGAUCAGUCUUCAAAAAUGCCCGUCUUCUCCACAGAGGAGUACGAUCAACAGUACGCUCAUGUGCUCCAGCUAGCCAAUAAAGAGUUGGACGAGGGCACACGAGGAGUGAUCGUGUCGCGAAGGUGGCUGGACCGGGUCAGAUCACGAAGUACACAGGGCCUCACCAGCAAGAAAUAUCCGAAAGAAGCCAGAGAGGGCCCGGUUGGACCACUCGACAACAGCGAUCUUCUGCCUGAAGAUGCUUUUACGGAGCCACACCUGCAAGAUGCGGAAGGGGCGCGAUUUGUGCCGCUCAAACCAGGUUUGGCAAUUGAGGACGACUAUCAGCCUUUGCCUAUGGAAGCGUACGAUUACAUUUGCACUACAUAUGGUUCUAAGCAUCCACACUCUAUUCGGAGAUAUGCACACAACACUGCCCCUCCUGAAGCGACUCAACCGAACAUCCAGUACGAGACCUAUCCUCCUGUCAUCACCAUUCGAAAAGUCCCGCAACCCGGAUCCGACAGCACAAAGCAUACGAAAGCGCUCGAGGCUCUCAAGGCCCGGAAGGAUCUAGCCCACCGUGGUCAGAAAUCAUCAGAUGACGCGCCUCGACUGGUCUCCUCUAAGUCCGAGAAGUACCAGAAAUUCUUGCGGCGCGCAAAAGAAGCUGCUGGCAUUCCCAUCGCAACAAAAGUCAAAGUAUGGCGAGUGAACAAAGCAGACGAUGUCUCCGUGGACCGUCCAGACAGCAAGCAGCCGGGAGUUCUUUCGCCUCCAGCCUCUCGCGAUGCAUCACCUGACAAUUCGGCUGCCGUGAAGCUCGUAGUAAGCCCACAAACAUUCUCCAAGAUGGAGGUCGGCGUUGAAUUGGAGGCCACAGAGGGCAAGGACGAGACGAACAACGACAAGUAUAAUGGCAGAAGCACAAUGGAGCUUGUUGGCUUGUUUGAGGAUAGCACCAUCAUACUGGAAGAGCAAACGGGCGGCCCUGGCGGUGGUGAAUUUCAGUCCGACAACAAGAAGCCGAAAAGCAGUUUCCUGGCAGCAAAAGGUCGCGGGUCGACACCUGCUUCCACGACAGCAUCUGGAAGAACUAGUCCGGCUCCAGGCAUGGUCACGAGAGGCAGGGCUCGCAAGGAUGGCAAGACUCGCGGCGUGACUGGACUUACCAAUCUCGGCAACACCUGUUACAUGAACUCGGCCUUGCAAUGCAUUCGUAGCGUGGAAGAGCUGGCCAUCUAUUUUCUGACCAAAAAAUUCAAAAGCGACAUCAAUGACGACAACCCUUUGGGCUAUCACGGUGCCAUGGCGCAUGCCUACGCCAAUGUGCUCGAAGGUAUCUACGGUAGCGGCAGCACUAGCACCUUCUCCCCGAACGAGUUCAAGCGCAAACUGGGUACUUAUCAGCCAAUGUUUUCCGGCUAUGGACAGCAGGAUUCUCAAGAAUUUUUGAGCUUUUUGGUCGAUGCGCUUCAUGAGGAUCUCAACCGCAUCAGGAAGAAGCCGUACAUCGAGAAUCCGGAUUCAGAUGAUGCCCGAGUCCACGACGCAGAAUACAUCGUCGAACUAGGCGAGAUUUAUCGGAACAAUCACAGGCAGCGCAACGACUCCAUCGCCAUGGAUCUCUUCAGCGGCUUCUACAAGAAUACGAUGGAGUGUCCCACGUGCGACAAAGUCAGCGUCACAUUCGAUCCAUAUUCGCUCGUCACAGUGCAGUUGCCCAUGGAGAUAACAUUGCAGCACAAUAUCACUUAUGUGCCACUACAUGGAAAGCCUGUCAUCCAUGAGCUCGAUGUUGACAAGAACUGGACUAUCAAGGCCCUGAAAGACCAUCUCGCCAAGAAGCAUGCGGGCGCUUCUGCAAAUGCCAUGUGGAUGGCGGAAGUCUACAAUCAUCAAAUCUUUAAAGUGUUCGACGAUGCUUCAACGAUUGCAGAAACCAACAUUCAGAGCAACGACUUCAUCUGGAUUUACGAACUUGAACAAGCACCGAAAAACAAUCCCAAGAAAGUGCACCAGACAUCCCUGUUCAGCCGGGACAAGAUUAAUAUCGUGCCCGAGGAAGGCAUGGACUCGGCCAAGGCAGACGUCUUCACCGUGCCCAUUUUCAAUCGCACGAAGUCGGGUCAGAGUCAACUGUUUAGUAAGGCGUUGCAUCCGCUAUAUAUCACAUUGACUCGUGAAGAAGCCAAGGACUAUGAGAUCAUCCUCAAGAAAGUCCUGAUUGCCGUUGCAAACAUCACAAGCAGACCGAUCUUGACUGAGUUUGAUGAAGAGCUCAAGAGCACCGAAGAAUCUGGGAGCAUCGAGGAAGUGGAUGCUGAGAACGAUACCAACAGUGCAGAGGAUGCAGCUGGCGUCAGUGACCACUCUGCACAGUCCGAGGAAGGCUAUGUAAAUGUGUCGCUCGACAAGUCAUCACAGGACACUGAGAUGACGAAUGGUGGCCAUGAAGUCGCGAAAGAGAUGUGUGAUGAAGAGACACCUAUCCCCGCUAAGUUUAUGGAUCCUCGAUAUGUCAUUCCUCAAGCGCUGCGCAGCCAUCUUUUUGAGGCCAAGUACGUGCCAGCGAGCAACGACAACAUGUUUCUGGCUGGUAGCUCAGGCUACACGGACGGCAAUCUGUCGCCCAUGCUUACCCGAGUCAAGCGACCUUCUCGAAGAUCGUCGGUGCAAUCCUCUUCUUCGGACGAGUCAAGUACCAGUAGUGCAUCUCAAGCACAAACGGAAGAUGCUACUGAUGAUAGUGACAGCAAUGGCAUUGACGAUAAGCCUGAUCUUGUACUCGGGGACUCCAACGAGCAAUCUAAUGACCAGGUUGAGGAAAGCGAUGAUGAGCUUGCUGGUCCAACAAAUAAUGCCGAGAUCAUGGAGCCAAGCCCUGUCGACGGCAAUCACCGCUCAAAUCGACGGGCAAACAAGCGAAACAGAGGGCGAGGUAAAGGAAAACGUGGUAAAGGCCGCAACCGCAAUGGCCCUGUCACGUACAGCAAACAGGACAAGGCUCGAUAUGGUCAGACUCGCGGUGUGGGCGGUCAAUUCGCUGCUAAACGUUUGCAAGAUGAGGACUCUCCGUACUACAUCCAGAUCGGCGAGGGCAUCGUUCUCGAUUGGCGGCCAGAGGCCUUCGACAGCUUGUUUGAGGGAGAUGGAAAUGUCGCAGAUGAUAUGCGAGGACACCGCUACGUCGACGACAACGGCAAACAAGGACGUAUCUUUCCAGAUCCCGAACAAGACGCUAAGCGGCAGAAGCGGGAACAACGCAAGAAGCAUGGCGUUGACCUCGACGACUGCUUUGACGUCACUCGUCGACGCGAGAUUUUGAGCGAAGGCAACGAGUGGUACUGUAAUCGGUGCAAGGAAAUGCGUCAAGCCGCCAAGACGCUCGAAAUCUGGACCUUGCCGGAUAUUCUUGUCGUCCACCUCAAGCGCUUUGGUGGCAAUCGCUCUUUCCGAGACAAAAUUGAUCUUCUGGUUGACUAUCCCGUGGAAGGCUUAGACAUGAACGACAAGGUCGGUCUGAAAGAAGGUGACAAAGACUACACCUAUGAUCUCUUCGCCGUGGAUCUUCACUUCGGCGGCUUAGGAGGUGGUCAUUACACCGCCUACGUGAAGAACUUCUUCGAUGGAGAGUGGUAUGAUUGCAACGACUCCUCGGUCUAUAAGCUGGGCAGCACGCACAAGAUUCAAUCGGCCGCAGCGUACCUUCUCUUCUAUCGCCGUCGCUCUGACAAGCCUCUCGGUCCCCAGGCUCUUCAGGACCUCGUCGAAGAAUACCGCAACCCACCCACGUCAGCUGAGGAAGCCGAUGAUGAAGACUCGGGGGAAGGCAGGCUCGGCGGCCCAAGUCGUUCAUCUCCGCAUGGGUCGCCGAGCGUAUCAGCAGGAGCCGAAGCAGGGGCGAAGAGCCACCUGAAGGGUCUAAACGGAAGUGGUGGAGCUGGUCGCGCCAGCAGUCUGACAACGAGGGCGACGGAGACGACUGAUCUCUCAGGCAUGAAUGAUGGGGGCUGGAGCUUCGACGGCCUCAAGCAGCCUGACGAGGCUGGAACCCUACUGGAUCAGAUGCAAGACGACAACGCCAGUACAACCGCCGAAAUGGAUGAUCGCGACAGUGCCCUCGGCAGUCUCAUCUCAGAUGGUGAUACCUACAACACUGGUGUGAACAACUCGCCCAUCGGAGCUACAUUCGUCGACGUGAACGCAAUGGACGCUGCUGACGAUCCCGACACUGCUAUCAUUUCGUUGGAUGAGAACAGUCAUGACAAGAUGGAUUAGAGCCCCAUAGAUGGUGCCGAGGAGGUGUCCUUGCCUCGAAUACGACAGCAAUAUGACUCCUGGAGGAGUUGGCGAAGAUCUUUGGCAAGAGAGGGCCGCUCGGGUGCUAUCACCAAUCGGAGGGCAUGACGACAUCAGAUAGCUUCUAGCAUUUCGGCGCUUUGCUGCCAAAACUGAGGAUUGCAGGCUAAUAAGUCAAUCCUAGGAGGGAUAUUUUGCUAGGCGAGAGCAGCGGCAUGAAAGGAUCAAUGGAAUGCCACAAAGCGUUGCAGAUGCUCAACUCGCUAAGCAGAUGCAAGUAGAGGAAUAUGAAAGACACCACGCAGGCCUGGUCGGCUCAAUCUCACACGGACCGCGAAGGUGCUAGCUCGAAAUUGACGCCUCUGAUGGACGGUACGAAGUUCGGACAAUGCAUGAAAUGGCUUCGAAUAUUAUUGUUGCUUCUCGUUCGGGGAAAACGGCGUGCAUGGAUACCCAAAGUCUUGGUCUCUGAUGUAAACAGAGUUGCCGAGCGUGGAGAGGAGAGGGGUGGGUCGGGUUCGUUACUACAAGCAUUAUCAUCGCAUGCAUCAUGGUGAGGCUCAUCGGAGGGUUAGAGAGAGCCAUCAUAAAGUACAUUUCGUGUUCCGAAUAGAAAGGCCACUACUAUCACGCUUCACCCUGUCGUGUCGACUGAGCUGAACUGGCUCAUUUACUUUUUG